AUUUAAUUAUAGCAUAUACUUAUUCUGCCAGACCUAUAAUCAGAAAAUGUUUACGCAUUUUGUGAACACAUCAAAUCCCAAGCGAGUUGUUUGCAUCUUCGCUUUAGUUUUGUAGUUAGUUGCAAAUACAUAUUUCAUAUAAAUUAUUUCGAAGUAUGGAUCUUGAUAAAAUUUGUUUUACCUGUUUAACUAAUGAUGGUCCAUUCAUAUCCAUAUAUGAUGAUAGUUCAGGAAUUGGAAAAAAUUGCAUUGCUGAUAUGCUGAACGAGUUUACAAAAAGCAAGCCCAAACGAGCUGAAAACGUAUUACCAAAAGUUUGUUUAACAUGUCUGCGAGAAAUAAAUCGGUGCUACUCAUUUAAACUCAAAUGUGAUAAUUCAAUCCGUGCAUUGGCUCAACUUAUACCAGAUAUUGCGCUAGCGGAAGAUGAUGAACCAUCUCCCGUUAGAGUACAAACGUCCAGUAAAGCUUCUCAAACAACACCUGAAGUAUGUCAAAGGAAUGAGGGGGAUGUUAAAGUAAAUCAACUGCAUCAACACGUGAAAGCAGAUCCUGUAAUAGCCGCCGUUCUUAGUCUGAAGUCUAAAAAUACCGUAUAUAGGCUUGAAAAUGAAAAUAUUAAACCGAUUACUCCAAAAAGUGAAAAACUGGAGAGUUUAUCGCAAAUAAUACUUAAUAGAAAAUUUCAACAAUCUUUUUCGGGAGUAAAUGUACCACAAGAUGAGGAAGUUGUAAUAGAAUAUGCUGAAGUGUCAUCACUAAACAAAGAAACCCCAAAUAUUUCACAGAAUUUGGAAGAUCAAAAUAGCACAGAUGAAAUUGGUGGGAAUGGCCUUACUUAUAUCGAAAUUACAGAGGAGCAAUAUGAGGACAAUGUACAAGCAUCAACUAAUAUUGAGGAUGAAUAUAAUAAUAUUUACAUUGAAACUACCGAUAAUGAGCAGCACACCGAUUAUGAUAUUACUAUAUAUGACAACGAAAAUGGCGAAGCAGAGAUUGUAGCGAAACCAAUUUUGCAACAGCAAAAACCUAUUGCCAGUGAGGAUUACAAGAUAGAAUAUAAAUGUCCUUAUUGCAUCAUGACGUUUGCUAAGAAAAAAAAUUUAUCUAAACAUCUAAUAAAACGUCACGAGAAAAAACCGGACGAAGAAGAAAUGUCAACUCCCCUCCAUAUAACAUUAUUACAGCAAAUAGAUAAUGAAGCUAAUUCGCAAAAGGCAACCAUAGAACCAAAACGUGAAAUAAAUGGCAUCAAACAAAACACCGAGGAAUGUUUAGAGACCGUAGUUGAUGAAAAAGUUCAAUUAUCGUAUAUUUGUAAUCGUUGCAAUGCUGGGUUUGCGCAACGCAAGGCACUUAAUUAUCAUUUAAAAUCUAAUAUUUGCACAAUGAAAUCCUUUAAAUGUGAUGAAUGUAAACGUGUUUUCAUAUCUGAAGUUUGCUUAAAAGAGCACAAAAGGACGCAUCUAUACUCUAACGUGUGUAGCGAAUGCAGCAAUAUGUUUAACACAAAAGAAGAGCUUAGUGAGCAUAUGAUCGCAGUACACCGACGUAAACAAAGCAAUCAGUGUACUAUCUGCAAAAAAGUUUUUACUAUGCUGUCUGCUCUCAAGGAUCAUAUGCGUAUACACAGCGGCGAACGGCCUUUUGUUUGCCAUUUGUGUAACAAAGGCUUUACCCAAAAAGCAAAUUUAAAUCAACAUAUUUUACGUCAUUCAAAUGCAAAAAACUUCAUUUGCGAUGUUUGUAGUCAAGCAUAUGUAACGAAAGCGGAACUUUAUUCCCAUAAGCGUAUACAUACUGGCGAUCAGCCAUUUAAGUGUGAAUUUUGUAAUGUGACCUUCUCAACUUCUAGCACAAUGGAAUUGCAUAAACGUAAGCACACCGGCGAACGUCCUUAUCCGUGUUCCAUGUGCAAAAUGCGUUUUACACGACUUAACGUUCUGAAGAAUCAUUUACGAACGCAUACUGGGGAGAAACCAUUCAAAUGUAAGGUGUGUAAAAAGGCGUUUACACAACGUGGGGAUUGCCAAAUACAUCAGCGGACGCACACCGGCGAAAAAGUACAUGAAUGUAAAACUUGUGGCGAUAAAUUUACACAUUUACCUACAUUGCGUACGCAUUUAAAAUCACAUAAGAAUGAAAAUACUACGAGGACACGUACCAGACGAUCCACUGCAAGCUUGCGCAAUUAUAAUGAAGAGACUGCUAUCGAUUUAGAUAAAAAUAUCAUUCAUCGAGUUAAUAUUAAGAACGACAUACCACAAGAAGAAGACAGUGAAUUUAUGGAUAUUACAUUAGAGUAACUAUGUUACGUUUUGCAAUUGUAUUUAAAGAAACCUUUCAACUAGUACUAAAAUUGUAUAUACUAUAUAUUUAUACUAUGUACACGUACAUUUGGAUAUGUCACAUAUCUCUUU